GGAAUGCACCCGAACGUGCGCAAAUGUCAUGGAAAUUGAGGAGAGCACGCGUGUGCCGCGACUUGGACGUGGAAUGCGUCUUUCCCAUUCACGUGACAUCGUAUACAUCUCAUGAAGGAACCCCAACAAGCUACGCGCUCGUUAGGGUGUACUCGGCGGACGGUCGCGAGUGGAGUGUGUUCGUCCACGACAAACAGGCCUCACCGCGUGAAAAUGACACAAGCGACGACCGCCGCCUGAUGGAUCGACAAAUCGAAGAAGCUUUGAUGCAGUUAUGCGAACCCCUUGCAGAAAAGACGACGCGAGUCCAUUGGCACAACCUGCGAGUGUCCGAUCAAAUGCAUUCUGUUGUGCAUGCCUCGUCUGGAACAGUGAGCAUCAUCUGUCCUCCACCACAACGGUCUCUGCAUGACCUGCUCGUCCAGCAGAGGCAUAGCAAUCACAGCUCACCCAAGAGGUCCCCCAAAUACCGCGAGUCCACCCGCUUGUUCAUCGUGUAUCAAUUGGUGGCCUGUAUGGGGGAGCAGCAACACGCCAGUCCAUCACCCUUCAAUCUCUCUCCACAUAGCUUCACCGUGGACGACGAACGCAACCUGCUCCAGCUUGACCUUCUUCCUUCGUUUGAUGCCUUCACUACGUCCCCGACAUCGACGACGGUGCGGUGUAGCCGCAGUUUGACCCAGCAGUGGUGUGCAGGUGAAAUCUCCAACCUCGAGUACCUCAUGGCGGUCAACGCCGCGGCCGGGCGCUCAAUCGCAUCCACGACGUCGCAUGCAGUUUUGCCGUGGGUGACAGAUUUUUCGGCCCCAUCGACUCCACUCGCCUCCUCUGAACACCCCUCGUCACAUCUGCGCGACUUGACCAUGUCCAAGUUUCGGUUGACCAAAGGCGACGACCAUGUCGAUCGCAUGUACAGCCACACGGGGUACCACAUCCCCGAAAAUUUGAGUGACUUAUCGGUGGCCAUUUAUCUCGCUCGCGUACUGCCUCGGGCUCACUUACAACGCGUCGUCCGGGCGACGUUUGAACCGAAGGAAUACCCUGCGUCACUGGCCAAGAUGGCUACAUCCUCCCCAGACGAGUGCAUUCCAGAGCUGUAUUUGGACGCGUCCGUCUUUGUGUCUUGCCAUGAUGACAUGGCGUCGCUGACGCUGCCUCCAUGGUGCGCGACUCCCGACGCAUGUGUGGCGUACCAUCGCCGCGUCCUCGAGAGCGACGACGUGUCGGCGCAACUCCACACUUGGAUCGACCUCAAUUUUGGCGUGCACUUGAACGGGCCAAGUGCCGUGCGCCACAAAAAUGUCGUCCAUCGGGGGUUUAUCCAGGUCUUUCAACAUGCCCAUCCAGCCAAACGAGUCAAGACAUCGGGUCGAAGCAAGCAAGCGUCACCGACUCAAGUCGACACCCUUGUCGUCGACGAAAACUACUUUGCCGUCCAGAUCGCGAAGCAGUGCCCGACACACUACAAGGGCAAGCGGCAUCCGCACCAUUCGUCGGGUGUGCCGAAGCGAAGCACUUCACACGCGUCGUCGGCCAAGUCAUUUGGCACACGCUAUGCAUCGACAUUGUCGCCUGCGUAUUGCGUCUUUCCCCAUACGACGGACUGGCCCUUCGCCGUCGGGUGCAUGAUAGCCGAGGUGUAUUUGGAUCGCCCACUUUUUUCCACCGACUCGGUCCGCGAUUAUGUCGGCUUGGGGGCCGCGUUUGGCCGGUCGUUUUCUGUUCGGAAAGCGCUUCCUCAACUGGCGUCAGUGCCGCCAUCGAUUCGCCACGUCGUUCAAGACCUCGUGCAUCCCAAUCCAUCCAUCAGAGCGGCGAGGGCCCAGUCCAUGCACCACGACCACACUACAUCCUCGUGCAGCAACGCCCUCUGCGAAGGUCUCUUUCCGUCGCAUUUCCCGGUGGUGUUGUCGUACUUGAAGACUGUCACGGUGAUGAAUUGGGUCCCAAAGACACUUGAACUGGUGCAAUCGCGUCAAGUGCCACGGGAAGGGGUUCAUCUCGUGGCCCACACGAUCGAGCGCUUCUUGGCUAAGUCGUCGCCCGCGCAAGCCGCCGAAGCGUUGGUGCUCUUGGUACCAACGUUGAGUCGACUGAGCUUGGACAAGGUGACGUUUGAAGCGUUGGUUCGCACGCCCAUCGUCACAUUGUUGGAACGGGUCGACGACGUCGCUGUGAAAAUCUAUCUUGUAUCCUCGAUGGAAGCUCCCGACCGACACGGAUGGCUACGGGUGAUGUGGCACCACUUGGGCACGACGUUUUUGGUCACGCACGUGUUACCUGUGUUGGUGACUUGGCUUCGCACGGGCUCGGCUUUGCUCAAGCAUGCGAUAGCUCGUACCCUGGGACGGUGGGCGCAUGCAGACUUCAUGGGGGCCACCGUUGUCAGCCACGAAAUCCUGACGUCCGUGCUCACCUUAAUCGACGUUCCGUUGCCACGACUCCCUUCCCCGACGCCCCUGCACGUCUCCCCAAGUGGAGUCCACCUCGCUCUUGUCCACAUUUGUGCAGGAAUCCACCCGUGGGUUAUCCACGCGAUGGUAUUACCACCGCUGUUUCGACACGCCUUGCGCGCUGUUGCUCAAGUCGAAGCCGCCGAGUCAUCCCUCCGCUCUCCCGCUACUCACUUGUCUCCUGAAAAGAUCGACGUGCACAUGACGUGCAAGACGAUUCGGCAACUCGUGUCGCUCUUGCCGUCCAACCUGGCAGGGUACCACAUCCCGGCGACGCUGGCUCUCCUGGCCGUGCCGUUCAUCGGCGAAUGGGUGGUCAUCACGAGCUUAGUGCACACGGUGCUGCGCCUGGGCCAAGUCGUUGGCACCGACUUGACCAAGCUUCAUCUAUGUGCACCACUGCGGCAGUUUCUUGUUCAGUUUCCGCAUGCUCAGUUCCCGACGUACAUGCAACAGUUCCAGCAUUUACUCGGAUUCGAGCACUUUGACACAUGUCUGGGGCUCCCAUGGUCCAUGUCAAAGGCGACACCAUUCAAGCUCCCGAAGGUGCCUGUGAACGAGCCCCCACUGCCUGUUGCCCACUUGUCGGCAGCCAUAGCCGACACGGUUGCUGCCGCGUGCCAGCAACUCGCACGGCGCCCCCCACCCACAAGGCGACCAACGCUGCCCCACCGAUGGACAACGUCGUCGAUGUCUUGGCCACUCAAGGGCGAUGCUGUGUCGUCGAUAGAAUUGCAUGGCCGUGUGAGGUCCCUGGCAAGUUUAGCUGGGGGGCGUUGGAUGGCCGUGUCCAGCGGGGACGGCAUCGUGACGCUGCACCGAACAUCCGACAUGACGCUCAUCUGGCAGCGGAAUUUCAAGUGGCCCGUGCACACGAUCAUUCCUCUCAGUCGAGAGGGGUGUCCGUUGGCUCAUCUCAUCGUGGUGUGCGACUCCCAGUCGGUGUACGUCCUCGACGUCGACGCUGACGUCACAACACUGCCAUUGUGGCAUUGGAAGCGGCCAGCGGAGCCGCUCAUGGCGAUCCAAGUGAUCGGGUCCGCGGAUGGUCAUGGCGCUGGGCAUGUCGCUGUAGCUACGACGGACACAGUUGUAGCACAUUCCAUCGACACGCUGUCGUACAAAAAGCAGCCAGAUAACGACGGCGAGUGGCGGCUGGGUGCGACGGACAGUCUCAACAAUACCCGCACGAACGCGGCCAUAGAGUGGAAGCUCGUCGACUCUGGGUGUGUGUCGUGCCUGGGGGGCUUAUUUGGGUUGAUCGGCGUGGGAACGACCUCAGGCCAUGUCGACGUGGUGGAAACCCUCACGGGACGACUGCAGUGCCGGUGGCAGGCGCAUCCCCUGGCCAACGUCGUCCACCUUGCGCAAGUCUCGGACUCAACUUUUAUCACGGUCGGGUCGACCGACAAGCAAGCGAUUCUGUGGCGGUGGCCAUCGUGUCAUCCCAUAACGUACAUCACAAACCUGCCCGAGUCGAUCCAAGGCAGCCAAGUCCACUGCGCACAACGAGAUCGUGACGAGACGACGUGGCUAGUCAUCGGGCACGGUGCCAAGAUCGCGGUGCAAUGUAUAUGGCCGUCGCCAUCAACACGGAAAGUCCAAAUGACGUGGAAGGAUGUCCUGCCUCCAAAACAGGUCGUCCAGUCCGUCGUGGUGCAAAGGCAUACCGUCGCCCUUGGCUCCGACACUGGCGGGAUCCAUUUAUGCGUGUAAUACACCAGCCUCACGGAUGUGGCCCAGCAACCCA